AUGGCGUCUUCACAUCUCCCUCCAACCCCGGCUUCAUCCACCGACAUCCGAGGCAAAGAGAAGCUCGUGCAUCUGGCACCAGCCUUUACGCUUCCUCCGGCCGCCUAUGCGGAUGGCAGUGAUAGAGCCAUCUCAUCACCGCUGUCAAGUCAUGGCUCCGACUCGUCGUACCACCCUCAUUCUCCCGUAUCUUUGAACAUUGCUAGACGUAAGUCGACCGCUGCUCAGUCAAGCUCGGCCAAAGCAGACGACACAUUCGCCCUUCCUCCACCACCUACUCGCAACCGCAAAAUCAUCCAGAUGAAGCCGAAGUCUGCUGCUGGCGAAAAGCAACAAGAAGCCGAGGUCGAGGCAGCUCCAGCAAAAGCCACUGGAGGUAGAAAGAAGAGUGGUAACACAAGCAGUACGGCGGCUAGUCGUAAGGUAGCUCGUAAGACAGCACACAGCUUGAUAGAAAGGCGACGACGCUCGAAGAUGAAUGAGGAGUUUGGUGUAUUGAAGGAUAUGAUUCCUGCUUGUCAGGGUCAGGAGAUGCACAAGCUGGCGAUCCUCCAGGCAAGCAUCGAAUAUCUACGCUACCUCGAGCGUUGUAUCACAGACCUAAAGGCCGACAAUACGGCUGUGAGACAAAACUCGAUAUCACAGCCUGCCGCCCCAGCUGUACCUACACCACAGCCUGCUGUCGUCGACGAACCUAUGGAGGCCGAAGAAGAGGAUGACGAUGACCAAGAGAUGUCGGACACGAACCACUCCACCGGCGCCUCAACGCCCAACGGACCACUACUCUCGCAUACACAAUCUCGAGAGUCGAUCCCAUCUCUGGCCUCACUACCCUCGAUGUCUCAUUUCACCAAUAUGUCACCUGCCAUUGCACCCUCCGAGGCUUCAUCUUCAAGACACUACAGCAUCUCAUCCACAUCUGCUCCUUCCUUCUCCCCCUACAUUCACUCACAACAAGCGUCACCUUUCUUCUUACCCACUGCCGGUCAACAUGAACCUUCCUCCUUCGCUCUUACAAGUCCUGCAUUACGAGCUCAAGACUCAUCCAUGCACAGACCAGGCGUCGUCGGCGAAGAUGCAAGGCUUCGUGAGCGCCGGGAGAAGGAGUUGGAUCACGAAGCAAUGGCUGCUCUACUCAUGUUGAACUCGGACAGAAGAACCUACAAAGAUAGGUCUGGUCGUGGUAUGAGUGUGCAGGAUCUAUUGAGUAAUUGA